AUGCCUAGCAAUCACCUUUCACAAAGAUAUAACAUUUAUUUGCAUCAAGCAAAUCAAAACUUGGAUGACACCUUCUGUCGCCUCUUCUGGAGUCCUUUCGCAAACGUCGAAGAGUCCCGGAAGACAACGAGGAUAGGACGAAAUAAGGUCACCCGUUUGGUAGAACAUAAGAAUCACAGAAAAAACCAAUGCUCUCAGUGUGGUGUAACGUUCCGUUGGCCAGCGGAACUGAAAUACCACCACGCGUAUCUGCACGAGAAACAACUGCUCAACGUGUGUCCUGAGCCGAGCUGCCGGCGCAACUUUCAGUUCCCAUAUCAACUCGUGAGUCAUCAGCGUAGCUGGGGUCACCAUGAUUGGCACGUGGCCUGCCCGAUCUGUGACAAACGGUUCGGUAGCCAGCGGUUUCUCGCCCGUCAUACGGCCUUAUCGUGUAAGCUGCACCAGGAGGAGCACAAUAAAAAAGCGACACAAUAA